GUAAAUAGUGAUGAUGUCAUGUGAGCAAGAUGGCCGAAGGGGAGGACGUGGGCUGGUGGCGGAGCUGGCUGCAGCAGAGCUACCAGGCAGUCAAGGAGAAGUCCUCGGAAGCCUUGGAGUUCAUGAAGCGGGACCUGACGGAGUUUACACAGGUUGUGCAGCAUGACACGGCCUGCACCAUCGCAGCCACGGCCAGCGUGGUCAAGGAGAAGCUGGCCGCUGAAGGCUCCUCAGGGGCGACGGAGAAAAUGAAGAAAGGGCUGUCCGACUUCCUAGGGGUGAUCUCAGACACCUUUGCCCCCUCACCGGACAAAACGAUCGACUGUGAUGUCAUCACCCUGAUGGGCACACCCUCUGGCACAGCUGAGCCCUACGAUGGCACCAAGGCUCGCCUCUAUAGUCUGCAGUCCGACCCGGCAACCUACUGCAACGAACCGGAUGGGCCCCCGGAGUUGUUUGAUGCCUGGCUGUCCCAGUUCUGCUUGGAAGAGAAGAAGGGGGAGAUCUCAGAGCUCCUUGUAGGCAGCCCCUCCAUCCGGGCCCUCUACACCAAGAUGGUUCCAGCAGCUGUUUCCCACUCAGAAUUCUGGCAUCGGUAUUUCUAUAAAAUCCAUCAGCUGGAGCAGGAGCAGGCCCGGAGGGAAGCCCUGAAGCAGCGGGCAGAGCAGAACGUCUCUGAAGAGCCUGGCUGGGAGGAAGAGGAAGAGGAGCUCAUAGGCGUUUCACCCGCAUCUCCAAAAGAGGCAAAGGUUCCUGCGGCCAGAACCUCCACGUUUUCUGAAGGGGGACUUGGCUCCCAGAGCCCCUGUGAAGAGAACCUGGUGACCACAGUGGCGCCCCCAGCAGAGGUGACUCCCUCAGAGAGCAGUGAGAGCAUCUCCCUCGUGACGCAGAUCGCCAGCCCCGCUACCACACGUGCGGCUCCGGUGCCACCCAGAGACUUGUCCCAGAAGUUGCUGGAGGCGUCUUUGGAGGAACAGGGCCCCGCCGUGGAUGUGGGCGAAACUGGACCCCCGCCCCCAGUCCACUCCAAGCCCCUAAGCCUCGCUGGCCGCCCCAGUGGUCCGGAGCCCAGGCCUCCAGCCCGAGUAGAGACUCUGAGGGAAGAGGCGCCCACAGACUUACGGGUGUUUGAGCUGAACUCGGACAGUGGGAAGUCUACACCCUCCAACAGCGGGAAGAAAGGCUCCAGCACGGACAUCAGUGAGGACUGGGAGAAGGACUUUGACUUGGACAUGACCGAAGAAGAAGUGCAGAUGGCACUUUCCAAAGUGGAUGCGUCUGGUGAGCUGGAAGAUGUGGAGUGGGAGGACUGGGAAUGAGGGGAGCCAGCACGAGCAGUCCCCCCACUCUCGGCCCCCACCUUCCUCGCUCGGCUCAGCGUGGCCCCGGAACACCCUGUGAGAAUGUUCCCAGUGGCCUCCGCCAACCAGAGCUCUGGUCAUAGAUCUGCGUGCUCCCUGCUGGCCCUCUGGCCUCCGCUCAUACCUGCCCAGAUCCUAGCCAGGAGCUCUGACUUGUGCCAACCGCAGAUGACCGAAGGGGGAAGAGACUUGCCCUUCACCAGAGAGCCUACAUUUCUCUGCUGAAAACUCAGUUCCAAGGACUCUUUUGGGACACCCUGAGGGAUACCUGUAGCCCUUCUGCCUGUGUCGAUGGAAGUUAAACAGACUGCCAGUGUCUCGAAGGAAGCCAAGACCACACGCUGUCCCCUGUAAGCAGGCAGGAAGGCCACGCCACCUGCCUUUGGCUACAGGAGGACAGGAACACGUUGGUCCCAUCUCAGUGGGUAAGAGGCAGUCAUCUCUGGGAAGUUUGCCUCUCUUGGGAACCCCCUUCCAGGCGUUUUCCAUUCCUGGAAAAGUCCCUCCAGGCUCAGAAUCCGGAGACCAAUCCCUGACCCGCCGCCUUCCUUUCUCCAGCCCAUGCUGGUGUGUCCCAUGCCCUGCCAGGACUCUUUCAUGUCAGAUACACCCAAGUCCUUAGCCCAGCUGUGCCCCCGCGAGAGACUGCUCGUGCAUUUCUCUCCUCCCCGAGAGGGGAGGGCACUUCAGGCCCUUCCUGCCUUGCCUGGCAGGUGCCUUGUCCGGCCAGCUAUCCUCAACGCCCCCGUAGCUUAGGGCCCAAGCCGGUGGUACGGAGCAGUGAGCAGAGCCAGGUACUUACAACUCCAUCAGCCCGGCGCCUCCCCUCUGCCCUCCUGCUUCUCGAAAGGAUGUGCCAGGGGCGGACUGCCGGAGACUCCGGAGGCUUCUGCAAAAGCCCUGCUUCCUGCAGACAGACCACCCUCGGUGGCUCCCGCCCUCCGCUCUGGAAAAGCCGCACCUCUCUUGUGGGACUGAGGGGCUGCAGGGAUCCCUGGAGACCCUGGUGCUUCGCGCUGCUGCUCUGGUGAUGCUUGUACAUAAUCUGUUGUGCUCACCGGGGAUUGAAAGGAGUCGUGGUCAGGAACACUGGGAGAGUGGUGGUCCCUUCCACUUCAGACCUUCAGGGAGGGGCGGGACGGAGAGAACGCUGAGUCUUUUCCAUGGGAUGGGUUUUCCUCUUUGUAAUGAUUUUAGUUUAGUUAAUCUUUUGGUUGUUUGUGCAAUAUUAUAUAUUUUAAAUUAUAAUGCAUCUCCCCAGAGUAUUUUGUAGUUGGGAAACAAAAAAAGAAAAAAAGGGGAAAAAGAUUCUAACAGCUGUUAGUUUUGUAAUUAAAAAGGAAAGAGAAAAGAACUUUGUCCUGAAUCUCUUACAGACUUGCCGAUAACAGGACUAAAGAGAUUCAGCAGAAACUGGAAGGCGUCUGGGGACCAUUUUUCCCCCAGGGCGGCUGGGGGUUGCGGGCGCAGGACAGUGCGAUACGCUGAGGGCUUUCCACUUAGCUGCACGGGUACAGCCCGGGCCCCAAGAAGUCCCCUUGCCCUCCUCCCAGGCUCAGCUUGGCCUUUGGGGCGAGGAAGGGACAGGGCCCUCAACGAGCCUGUCACCCCGAAAAGGAGUCAGGAGGCAUUUCUGCAUUCCCGACGCGCCUGCUUUUAUUCGGAAAGGAAGUUGCAACUGCAGUGGUUCCUGCUGCUCAUGGUCACGUCUGUCCUCUCCUCUCCAACCCCUGUGUGUAUGAUGCUGGGGUCUCUCUCAGCUUUAAACACCUGUAUGAAAAUCACUUGUCAGCCGUAAUAAAAGGGAAGUCUGAGUGAG